GGCGGAGAAGACGAAGAGAAAACGCUCAUAAUGGGUUGUGAAAGUGGAAAGUACCUUAUGGAAAUCCCCUACUGGCUUUUAUGUACUGGUAUCAAUCGGGCUGUCUGAACUAGAGCGUAUACUUUGCCGUGUUUUGGACGCGUCUCAAGCGAGCUGUGUAAUCCAGUGGAUCUCUGAAAGCGCCAUGGACGAUUAAAGUGGACUGAGUGAAGUAGCAGCAGAGCCAGAGCAUCUUAUGGGCUUUGUUGGUGGAUACCGACAUAUUGAACAGUGAUAGAUUGGUUCCCCACUCCAGACACCAUGUCUCAGGGCCAGAACUUCCUGCCCAAGUUCCUGUUCGUGAGUAACCUCCUGAAGGCCGUGAAAAUCAGAGAGCGGGUUCCCAAUGACGUGGUCAAGCCUUCGUCCAGCAGCGGCCUGAUCCAUCACCUGCGCAGCAUGCAUCGCUACACCCUGGAGAUGAUCCGCAUGAGCCAGUUCCCGCAGGCCUUCCGCGAGGUCAUCCAGGCGGCCAUCUUGGACAGGGCCAUGCAAAGCUCGCUGGAGCAGGAGAAGAGGUUGAACUGGUGCCGUGAGGUCAAGAAGCUGGUGCCGCUGAGAACCAAUGGUGAUGGAAACUGCCUGCUUCACGCAGCCUCUCAGUAUCUACUAGGGGUUCAGGACACAGACCUGGUGCUCAGAAAGGCUCUUUACGCAGUACUGAAGGAAACAGACACUAGUAACUUUAGGACACGCUUUCAGACAGAGCUUCUGCACUCGCAGGAGUUCACCCAGACCGGCCUGAGAUACAGCACUUUGAACUGGGAGGAGGAAUGGGUUAAGAUUGUAGAAAUGGCUUCUCCAGUGUCCAGCAGUAAUGGCCUACAGUUUGACUCUUUAGAGGAUAUUCACAUAUUUGUGCUUUCAAAUAUUCUACGGAGGCCAAUUAUUGUUAUUGCAGACCAAGUACUUAGAAGUAUGAAGUCUGGUUCCUCCUUUUCACCCCUCAAUGUGGGGGGCAUAUACCUGCCUUUGCAUUGGCCUCCCGGAGAAUGCUACAAAUAUCCCAUAGUGCUUGGAUAUGACUCCCAGCACUUUGCACCCCUGAUCACAAUCAAAGAUAGUGGCCCAGAGAUCCGUGCGGUGCCGCUGAUAAACCCGGGACGGGGAGGGUUUGAGGAGCUUCGAUUGCACUUCCUGACAGAAAAGGAGCAGCAACAGAAGGAGAAGUUGCUAAAAGACUACCUAAUGCUUAUAGAAAUCCCUGUCAUUGGCCUGGGCUACGAUCCCACACAGAUUAUCACUGCGGCCAGACUUGAUGAAGGCAACCUACCUGAGGAUAUGAACCUGAUGGAGGACUACCUACAACUGGUAAACCAUGAAUAUAAGCGCUGGCAAGAGGAUAAGGAGUCAUCAUGGGCCCCCCAAUCCCAGCGUCCCCCUCCCUUCUCAGUCUCACAACUCUCUCUCAUCGAGAUCCGCUGCGCCACACCCCGAUGCACCUUCUACGUCUCGGUGGACACCCAACCCCACUGUCACGAGUGCUUCGAAAAGCGGCAGGCGGGGCGGAAACCAGAGGCCAUUUCCAGCUCAAAUCAUUCGUCGUCCUCGGACCCGGAGAGCCGAGGGAGACUGGAGCGCUCGGUCCUUCCUAGCCCUCGUUCUGCUCCCCCUACGGCCCCAAGUCUAAGCCUUUACAGUGAGACUCACGCCAUGAAGUGCAAGACACCCGGAUGCUUGUUCACACUCAGUGUGGAGCACGACGGGUUGUGUGAACGCUGCUUUACGGCGAGGCAAAACCGGUCCGCUGCCAACAGGCCGUCUCACGGAUGGUGCCACGGUCAGUGGGCGCAAGGCGGCCGGGAACGAGAGAAGGAAACGGAGAGGGAAAGAGAACGAGAACGAGAAAGGGACACCGAGAGAUGCGUUCUGUGUCGACAGGAGGUUUUUAGGAUAUUCAAUGGUCUUUGCCCGCCCUGCAUGCAGAGGACUGCUGUUUCCGAGAGGGGAGAUGCCCAGCAAGAGGAGCCUUCGACUGAAGCCUCGGUGUGGGCAACGCAUCGGGAGACCGAACGCACGGGCACCACCGGACACACCUGGCAAACGCCUGCCGCCCGUUCCUGUAAACGCUCCGGAUGCCAGUUCUUCGGGACGGCAGAGAAGCUGGGAUUCUGCACUAUAUGUUAUCUAGACUACCAGACCAAUCACCAGGCCACCCCUGCUAUUGUCCAGCCCAGGCACACGUCCGAGGCGGGUUUCCAGAACUGUCCACGGUGCCGAGGUCAGGGAUGCGGGGCCGAGGGAAAGGCCAUGCUGGAGGGUUACUGCAACAAGUGCUUCGUGAAGGAGCAAAGCGCUAGACUCAACCAAGCUGCUAGCAGGGGCUCUAACUCCCCACCUCUUGUCACGCGGGCCUCGAAACCACGUCCACCGCCAGUGCUCACCCAGGCUCAGUGUCGGCGUAGCGGUUGUAAGAACCUGUCCCCUGGUUGCACAGAGCUGUGCCCGGACUGCAUCACCCGAGGCCAGCGAGAGGGUCGGCGUGCCCAGGCGCCCAAAGAGAAAAGCAAACAGCGCUGCAAGACGCAGGGCUGCGAUCACUACGCCAAUCAAGAGAAACAAGGCUACUGUAACGAAUGUGACCACUUCAAGCAGAUUUACCGAGGCUGACUAAACAGUUCAAUGUCAAAAAGGGCCUAGUUCAUCGUGCAUUCUUGUGCAUGCUGGCGAACACUCUUACACAAGGAACUUUGUGCCCAAAAUCCUCCACCUGUCUUGGGCAGGGCCUAAAAAGCCCGGUGGUGCUCUAGAAUUGGUGAUUACCUCUCAAAUGAAGUUUUGGUCAUUUGUAUCAUGUGUGUGUGUGUAUAGGACUUACGUGAGAUGCUAGCAUACAGAAACUUAUGAUACACAGUGACGUCUAGUCACACACCUGUGGCGUCUGCUGUUUAUAUUGAACAGGGUAAAUAAUUGCAAACUUUCUUGAAAAAUUGACGUGAGCAUGUAUAAGAAUUGAUCAGUUUAGAAACAAAUUUGACCAAAGUUAAUUUACUGAAUGUGUCUAAGCCAAUGUGCAUCGCCACUGCGGACUGCAGAAAGCCAACAGGC